AUGGCUGCAGAAAAAAAAAGGUUGGUGCCAAUAUCAAUUCGAGAAGAAGAAAUCAGGUGCGAUCGAACCCACGAGGACUACGACACCUGUUUAAUCAAAGGCCCAACAGUUCUCGACGCCAUCCAAUGCACAUUCUUUCUAAUGGACCCCACCAUCUCGACCCCACAAAAUCCUGUGGUGGAGAAAAUCCGAUCCUACCCUCGCAAGGCGGAGGAUCGUACGAUGUCCAAAAUCACUGAGGUGACCAUCGUGGCGGGCCCACCAAGCCCAAAAUGUCAAAUCCAACACGAUGCCCCGGCCGUGGUAUUCAGCGUUGGUGGGUACAGCUCGUACGCUGGGAACUUCUUCCACGACUUCAACGACGGCUUCAUCCCCAUGUACGUCACCGUCAAUUCCUUCUUCCCCGAUCAAGACGUCGUACUCGUGCUAACGGACGUCAAUGAUUGGUGGUCCAGCAAGUUCACAGAAUUGUUACGCACUUUCAGCAAACACCCAAUCAUAAACCUCGACAACGAGAGUGCCACCCACUGCUUUCCUUCCGCCAGCUUGGGUAUAAUAACACAUGGCCCAAUGACCGUAAACCCCGCGUUAUUGCCCAACUCAAAAGACAUGACUGAUUUCCGCGCCUUCCUCGGCAAAGCCUACGGCCAAACCCAAACCCAAAACCCUCCAAAAUCCCGGCCGCGUCUCGUGAUAACCAGCCGGCGCGGCACCGUCGGCCGCCAACUCUUGAACCAAGAUGAAGUGAAAAUCGAAGCAGAGAAAAUUGGGUUCGAUGUGUCGAUUUUGGAGCCCAAACGCGGGACCCCUCUGAACGAAUCCUACGCUUUGAUAAAUUCGAGUCACGCAAUGGUCGGGAUUCACGGCGCAGCGCUAACGCAUUCGCUGUUUCUCCGGCCGGGGGCGGUGUUUGUGCAGGUGGUGCCGCUUGGGGCGGAGUGGGUGUCGGAGGUUUGCUUUGAAAUGUCGGCAAAAGCGAUGGGGCUGGAGUACAUGGAGUAUAAGAUAAUGGCGGAGGAGAGCAGCUUGAUAGAAACGUAUAGCAAGGAUGAAAUGAUCAUAAAAGACCCAGUUGCUUACCGAGGAGAGAAGUUUUCAAAUCAUCCGGCCAUGAGAAUAUACUUGCGGAAACAAAAUGUUAAGUUGGAUAUUGUAAGAUUUAGGGACUAUUUGAAGCUAGUGUACGUUAAAGCCAAGAAAUUCAUGGACAAGGAGGGAUAA